AGCAAGGGAGCGGAUGAGCGAGCGGGCGGGCGACUCUGGCCUACAGCUCGCCGCUGCGUCGCGGCCUCGCAGCUCACCCGCCGCUGAGAGCCUGCGCCGUAGCUGCUUCCAAGCCCGGUUCCGAAGACGGCGCCUCCCAAAGCGCAGGAACCAGGUCGAGUGGGCCUAGCGCACGACUCUCCCCGAGGCCCGGCACCCCUACCUCGAUUCCAGGGCCCCAGAACUCACGCCCACCCAGGUCAGGUUCUCUUUCUCCCUUCUUCUGCCGGCCUAACUAGCUGCUUCUUCCCCACAGUUGCGUCCAGGGUUCCCAGGGGUCCGGAAAGUUUCGGAUGAGCCUAUCCCAACACUUAGAAGUGGGGCUCUGGAACCUGGGAGUCCAGGAGAGUUGCCUUUAGGGCUCUGGUCGCCGGCUUCUGCGUUUUCUUCCUCUCCAAAGUUUUGGAUCCCCUUCCUGUGUCACAUUCACUACCACCCGAGGUGCCAUGGCCCCCAGGCCUUGGAGUGAGUGGAGCACGACCCUGUCCCACCUGGCACUGGGAGUGGUGUCUCUCCAUGCAGCCGUGAGCACUGCCCAGGCAAGUCGAGGGGCCGCUGCUGGCUUCCUGCUCCAGGCUUUGGCCUCUGCCACCGUGCUGGCCCCGGGGCUGGGCACAGAUGAAGACUGUCUUGCUGGAGCCUGGGUGGCCACUGUCAUUGGCCUGCCCCUUCUGGCCUUUGAUUUCCACUGGGUGAAUGGGGAUCGCUCCUCUGCCAACCUGCUUCUGGGAGGAGGGAUGGUGCUGGCAGUGGCCGGUGACCACCUUGGUGCUGAGGGUCGCUCUGUGGCUGGUCAGGCAGUGGUGCUGGUGGUUGCAGUAACCAUCCUCAUUGUGGCCGUUUUCACAACCAACACUUAUGGAAUGUGGGGGGGCGCAAUGUUGGGUGCUGCAGGCCUCCUGAGCCGGCUGGAGGAAGACAGACUGCUGCUGCUACCAAAAGAGGACGUCUGUCGCUGGGCCCUCGCCGCAGGCAGUUGGGCCUACCACCGAGCCCUGCACACACAGCGACUGCAGUGGGAGUGAUGUUUGGGGAUUAAAGUGGGGCUUCUGCCCUGGCUACACCUCCCCCUCCCACAGGGCUGCUCCUGUGGGCUUCCUCCCCUAGGAUGGACUCUCUUGCCUCCCAAAGAGAGCUUGCUGCAGGGUUGGCUCGCGCCCGGAUGGAUGCCUUGGUCAGGAGGCUGAGUCUGGGCACUGUCCUCCUCUGGCUGAGUGUGGGCACUCGCCUAGACUAGAAUGAAAGAGAUGGGGCCCCAGGCCCAUGUUGGGACCUGAUGCUGGGCAGGCCAUGGUUUUGGAUCCAGAGAGAGGCUUGGUCUCCAAUAAACCUUAGGAAUAUGGAA